AUCGAUUACUUGUCAACCAAUCGCCGCCUGCCCCACACGUGUUUUGCAUCGCAGCACAUUUGUUUCAUUUUUUAUUUUUGUGACUAAUAAAAGAACGCAAGCAAAGUAAAGUAAAAAUGGCUGACGUUGCAGAAACCAAGACGGCUGAGGUCAACACAGAGUUGAAGCCGGAAGAGAAGAUUGAGAAGGCAGCAGAGAACGUGUCGGAGGCAAACGGCAAAAACGGAGAUGCCAAGAAAGAGGAAGAAUCAGAGGCAGCAACGCCGACGUCGACUGAGGAAUAUAGCAAACAGGAGCGUGCUAUAAUUCGACAAGUUGAGUAUUAUUUCGGGGAUGCAAAUCUGCAUCGCGACAAGUUCCUCAGCGAGCAGAUCGCCAAAAUGUUCCGGCUGGUGCCGCUCUCCGUGCUGGUCACAUUUAAACGUCUGGCAACGCUCACCACCGACUUUGAUGAGAUUGUCCAGGCGCUGAAUAAAUCCGAUGAUGGUCUGGUCGAGAUUAGCGAGGAUAAGCAGAGUCUGCGUCGUCAUCCGGAGCGACCGAUUCCGGAGCACAAUGAGGAGCGUCGCAAGGAGAUUCAGGAACGCACCGCCUACGCCAAGGGAUUCCCCCUGGACUCCCAAAUGGCCGAGAUUCUGGACUUUGUCAGCGCCUACGACAAGGUGGUCAAUGUGACCAUGCGCAAGCAUUAUGAUAAACCCACCAAGUCCUACAAAUUCAAGGGCAGCAUUUUUGUGACAUUCGAGAAAAAGGAGCAGGCCAAGGAGUUCAUUGAGCAGGAGAAGCUGGCUUACAAGGAGCGUGAACUAUUGCGCAAGUGGCAAGUAGACUACCUAAAGGAGAAACAGGAGGAAUACCAGAAGAAGAACGAGAAGCGUCAGAGCAAAAAGGAGGCAAAGUCGAAACCGGAACCGGCAAUUGAGCUGCCCAAGAAUGCCAUUGUUGUGUUCGAGGGUGCUCCCGAUACCGUGACACGCGAGGAGAUACGCGAGGCCUUUGAGAAGGUCAAGGACUUUGACAUUGCCUACAUAGAGUUCAACAAGGGCGAUACCAAGGGCUCUGUUCGUCUGACCGAAGCGGAUGCGGCCGAGAAAUACAUUGCCAAAGUGGAGGAUGCCAAGCUUAAAUUCAAUGAUGACGUGUCGCUGACGCUGCGCAAGGCCAACGAGGAGGAGGAGAAGGAGUUCCUGGACAAAGCCAUUGAAUUCAUGAAGAAGCGUCGCGAUUUCUCACGUGGCAAGAACAACAAACGCUUUGGACGCAAGCGUCACGGCGGCAACAACGACAACAGAAGCCACCACAAGAAACAACGCUCCGAGUAGCGACUCCGACUCCACUCAAUCCUCCCACUUAAUCCCUUCCCAAUCCUCCAUCGAGACUUGUAUGCAACCUGAAAUAACGUUAGCUCUAGUUGUUAGCUUUAAGCAAUUCAAAAUCCUCCAAAAUUGCUACGAUUACUCGUUUUCCAGUAACAUUAAGCAUUAAGCGAACUUACACACGGAUCCGGAUGUUUUUCCCCUGCCUCCAGCUUGUAUGCAGCGAGGGAGAGAGACAGAUCCUUUGGAGAGUUGUGUACAUAUAUAGUUUAUAUAUCUAUAUUAUGAGAGAGGAACUCGUAAUUUAUUUUACUUUAUUAACUGAAAUGUUCAGUUUUUCUUCAAAAAAAAGUUACAAUAAAUAUCAGUUUGUAAACUACUAUAUUAAA